AUGGGAGCUCCCAGGUUUCUCCUCCUCGUUCCUCUCGUCCUUCUGGUGAGCUACAAGGAGUUGACGAGGAGCGGAAGUGCUGUAGCAUUGCUAGACGAGCAUGAGCUGCAGAAUGACAUGAAGCAUAUUGCUGGCGUCGUCGUGAACUCGAGAGGAAGUCGAGUGCCGCCUGCCAUCGCCGUUCCCAAACCUCCGAUCACCAUAAGGAUUGGAAAGCGAGGAGCAGCAGGAGGGUCCUCAAAGUUGAGCACGGGGGAAGGCGAACCGAGCGAGGAGAAGGAGGGGGAGAGCCAGGAGGAGUACUCGAUCCCGAAGAAGGCGCUGGAGGAGAUAGAGGAGUUGAAUCGCAAGAAUCACCAGGACCUGAUCGUGCUCACCAACGCUCUUGACUCCAUGAAAGAGGAGGACGCGUAUACCGCUGACUCCGUCGGUGAGCAGCUGGGAGAGUUCGAGCGCAAGCUUGAGGAUCUCAUCCGGCAAAACACAAGGCUGAGGAGGCAAGUCUGGCUCCUCCACAAGAUGCCUGGGCUGCCUGGACCGCAGGGAGUUCCGGGCAUUGACGGGCGGGAUGGAAGGAGCAGGCACGCCGUGGCUCCUCCGCAUGUGCAGUGA